AUGGAUAAUAGUUGUGUUGCUGAUCUUUUGUUGCCUUCGGGAGGGUGGGACGUCCCUAAGCUUAAACAUCUGUUUGACCAAGAGACGGUGAUAGCUAUUCUGAAAAAUGGUUCCCCCCCAGGUUCGGGUCAGGAUAGUUGGUUGUGGACCUUGGAAAGUAAUGGGCGAUUCUCUAGUAAAUCGGCUUAUCUGUCCCAGGCUUUGGAGAGAGCUCCCCAGUGUAAUGUUGCCCCCGCGCUCUGGAAUAAACUUUGGAAUAGUAAAAUCAUGGAGCGACAUAAGGUUCUUUGGUGGUGCAUUCUUUCCCAAGCUCUCCCUGUUAGAGCUGUGAUUAAACGAAGACUUCAGAUUGAUGAUUCCAGUUGUCCGUUGUGUGGUAGGGGUGAGGAAACUAUGGAACACUUGUUUCUUACCUGCGAUGUGGCGAUGCACUUAUGGAGGUCGUCUCCGUGGGGGAUUUUCCCUGUGUGUGACAUCGGUGUUCGUGUUUGGGAUUGGGUGAAGUUCAUUUGGAGCCUUAACAGCCGGGGUCUCCGAGUGGACGAUGUCUUCCUGUAUGCCUCGUUUGUAGUGGACAACAUAUGGAGGAUGCGCAACGACGUCAUACAUAAUAAUUGCACUCCUAAUGUUCUUAAAUAUAUUGACCAUAUUUGUUCUUCUUUUGCAGAUGCACAUACUUCUCUAUUGCAUAGUCCUACUCCGCCUGAGAAGGACACCUGGAUGCCUCCACCGCUAGACUGGAUAAAGUUAAACUGUGAUGUUCGCGUGGGUUUGGAGAGUAUGUGCAUAGCUGUUGUUGCUAGGAAUCAUCUAGGGAGGGUGGUUUCUAUUCACACGGCUAGAUUGGAUUUCUCGGAAGCUCUUUGCGGAGAAGCGGCGGCCUGUUGUUUGGCGGUGUCGGUUGCUUUAGAUUUAAAGUAUAAUUAUGUUAUUGUGGAGAGUGACUCGAGACUAGUAAUCAACGCUCUCAAUGGGAAGGCGACUCAUUGGGCUCUUGAGAACUAUGUCUCCUUUUGUUCUAAGUCUUCUCCUUAUUUAAUGUGUUGUAAUUUUUCAAAUGUUAGUAGGAACUGUAACUUUGCGGCACACAAUGUCGCUAAGUGGGCCUUCACCCACCAAGUGUUUGGAUCGAUCCCGAUCAAUUCUGUUCCGGAAAACAUUUUAUGUAACGACCAUGAGGUCUAG